AAAUAUAACGGCCAACUACACAAAAUCUACACAGCACCAAUAUUUCCAAUGUGACGGCUUCCCUGUCCCCUACACCCACACACGCAUGCCACAUGUGUACCUAAAAAUCACACAGGCAUUAAAUGUUUUCGCUUUCUUUUUAGCCAUCCAGAGAGUAACCAAACCCACCUUCCUAUAAAUUGCAAUGUAAAAGCGGCAAAGCAAACAAAUCACCAUCGCCCUGUGUGUAGUUCAAGCGCCCAACCUUGGCCAUCAAAUGUGUAGUAAUGUAAUGCUAGGAAAGAAGAAAAGUUAUAGUCAUCGUAAACCACCCCCCAGGAUGUGUACGCUUAUAUAGUGAAACUUGGGUAAAUAUUAUAGCGCACGAAAUCAUUAAAUACAACGGGUGGUUGUGACUCUCAUGCAACCAACUGUUGAGCUAAAAAACAAUUGCAUGCAGAUUUCCAUACAUAGUAUGUACAUAAAUAGACAAUAGAAUUAUAACGCAAAAUGCAAUUUCCAUUUAAAUUUAAUUUAAUUACUGCACAAACAACGCAGCAUUAAUAUUCCGGAUAAGUGAAAAAUGUUUUCAAUUUGGCGCUAUAUUCCUUCUACUAAUUUUAAGCAUGGCAAGUGUUGAAAAAUAUCUGUAGACGUGGCAGCACUGUCCCAAAUGGUAAACAAAUCAUCAGCAUUGCCAGGUGCAACAAAUUGACACUAACAACCACAACUAGCAUAUCAAAACAACACGUGAAAGUAGACUUUUAGUUAAAUCUCUAUUUAUCUGUUGAGAUGAGUUCGUCUAGUGAGUCUGAGAUGGCCUCGGAGCACGAGGAGAGCGCUGAUGAAGAGACACAGGCAGAGAUUCGUCAAGACCUGAAAACUAUGUCAUUCGAGGAGAUUAUGAAGCUAAAGGAAGAGCUUGGAGCGAAAGUGUACAAGGAGGCAGUGUUAGGUGUCAAGAGCGCAAAAACGAAGAAAUCAAAAACAGAUCUUAAGCGUCUGAACAAGAAUCGGCCACGCGAGAUGAGCGCAAAGAAACAGGUUCCGUUUUUAGGAGCAGAAUUACGCAUUGAGCGCAAAAACCAGAGCCAGCAACGUGAUCCACGAUUCGAUGAAAAAUCGGGCGAUUACAAUAUUGAAACAUUCAAGAAAAACUAUCGGUUUGUAACGAAAAUACGCAACCGAGAAGUGAACCAUCUGAAGAAGAAACUUGACGAGGUUGAGGACAACAAUGAAAAGCAGGAAAUUAAACACACCAUGCAGAGGCUUAUCAAUAAAAAUGUAGAGGAGAAGAAAUGGCACCAAAAGCAGUAUACUUUAAAGAAGGAACGGGCUGAGAUACAAAUGGCGCACAAUGAGGGAAAACAGCCGCAAUAUUUGACAAAGAAGGAACGACGUGCAAAGGAGCUUGUGCAUCAAUUUGAGCAACUCAAACGGGACGGCAAACUGAAUAAACAUUUGGAAAAGAGACGCAAGAAGAAUGCUGCUAAAGAUCGGAAGCGCAUUGCAAUAGAAUAAAAUACGAUUGUUUAGUUUUAAAAUGUAUGUAUAUUAACGAGUAAAAACGAUUUAAACGUGAUAAGUUUA